GAGCUGCCGCACGAUAGCCUAGCUGACUCAUCGAAAGCUUAUCGUUAUCGGGCCAGCUAGAUAGUAUUAUAGCACCGGUAAAGUAAAGCGUGCGGGGCAUUGCACAAAGCUUGAGCGCAUGCAGCAGGUAGUAGGUAGAAAGUUAGAAACCAAAAGUGCACAGUUUGGUUCUCACCUCCAUUCAGUUCAUAAUGCGAUUUUCUCGCCCUCUCAAAUCAUCAAAUCAAUCUCUUCCGAGUCCCAAUGGAGCAUAUAUUGCGACUAUUCUGCCAUCGACACUCCAACUCAGAGAAACGCGCUCCCUUGAAAUAAUACGCUCCAUAUCACUUCCACCUGAACUCGCAGCCUCAAUAAACUCGUUUGUAUGGUCGUGUUCUUCCAAUCGUCUACUUGUAGCGUCUGCGGAUGUCAUACGCAUAUUUUCCCCAAGUGAUGAUCGCUUUUCAGCCAAAAUUACAAGCCCGACUUCAGGAACUACGAAGACAACCUUUAUUUCAUUUGGAGGAAACGACGAUGAAGUCUGUAUCUUUUCGGAUUUUGGUUUAAAGUUGACCGUUUUUAAUCUGGCUACUUCGAAGUCAGUCGAUAUUACCUCUCCUAAGCUCUUUACUCCUGCUACUGCCGCAAAAGGAUUCUCACACCGUCCGCGAUCCGGAAACCUGGCUCUAUUGACGAGAAUUGGCGGCAAAGACGUGAUUAGUAUACACAAAUCAGGAAGCUUGGAGGUCAUAAGAUCAUGGCUACCAGAAACAAUUGACGCUCAGGAGAUAACUUGGAGCCCAGAUGGAAAAUGGAUAACAAUAUGCGAAUCUGCCAGCCAAGGUCACAAAUUACUGCUUUAUACAGCCGAUGGUCACUUGUAUAAGGUUUGGAAUGGCCCGACCCCGAUUCUAGAGGAAGAAAAGGACAUCGCUCUAGGGGCUGGAAUUAAAAUGACCGAGUGGAGCCCAACAGGAACACAUAUUGCUAUUUCCGAUUUUAGUCGAAGAGUUGUGCUGUUGGCUGCUCCAGCGUUCUCAGAAUCUAUGGUUUUAUCCCACGUACCUUCUGUAAACCCUACAGAUACGCUACACGUUUGGAAUGAACAAAUUUUGCCAUCUCCCAAUGGAGGUUUCACCCGAGAAUUCGUCCGAGGGAAACAGCCGACAUUACCUCCAACAGCAGCUGCCAUUCCAACUGCAGAGCCGAAGACUGGCACCAAUAUGGUGACUUUCGAUAUUUCUGGCACAUUACUAGCAACUAAGGUUGAGGAAAUGCCAUCGGCAGUUUGGGUUUGGGAUGUUGGGUCUCGAUCACUUAGAGCGCUGCUGAUAAUGCACGCUCCGGUAGCUAGGGUGACUUUUCAUCCUAGUGUCAACGAACUUUUGAUGAUAAGAUGUGAGGGCGAAGAAAACAAGGGCCGCCUCCAAUUAUGGGACCCAUCUUGGGAGGCUCCAAGAAUUGUUAAUUUUGGAAUGCAAAUGCCCGAAGGUAAAAUCAUUGGAAAGUCGAUCACCAAAUGGCUCAACGUAGCAUCUGUAUCUCCUUCUAUUUUCUUUAGCGAUUCGCAAGACUGCAUUCUCUUAUCAUUGUCCAAGCUGGAGGAUACCGAAAUGGUCCCUUGGCAUGAUUCUGAGGCGAGAGGAGUCGAUAUUUACGGUCAGACACAAGAGUCGCCCUUGAAUCUCGUUGAAGGCGAUGGCAAGCGACAUUCAAAACGUGUGAACGAGGAUGACAUCGCAGAAAGUGAUAACAUAUACAUGGAUAUGAGCGAUGGGAGCGAGGAGCUCGACGAUACCUUUCACUUUCGCAAAACCUAACACCCACGAGCCGAGGAGAGCGGUUUGAUUGACAUGCCAUGCGAUUUCCCAGAGGAGUAUUCCCUGCUUAUGUUGAGGGGCCCCUGACCCCACAACUGUGUGGUGGGAAAUGCAAGAAUCGAAGAUUUCGAUGGGCUUUGUACGAUUCUCUCUACAUGUGCAUUCAAAGACAGUGAGUGGCCCACGUUUGCCUGACUUAUGAUAUGAUUUCUGAGCUUUCCGCAUGUGGCUCGUUGACCAUGAUUUUGUGCCCUUUGUUCGAGGGCUGUUGUGCUACUCCAUCAUUAAUCAAUCUGUGGACGCGAGAAACCAAAAAGAAGCCCGAGAAAUCUUAAUCUGAAUAAAUGUAUUGCCUGCAUUCUCCUAUCUGCCCACCAAACCCCAUGGUCUACUCCACAGUGCGGCGAAGCAGGUGACGAGUCUAGAAUACGAAUCAAACCUCCCCAAAGCUUUCGCGUUCAUAUACGAGAAAGCUAUUGGUUGUAAUCAUCAGCACAACAUAGCCUUGGUCUGCCCAAUAUGCAAAACAACACGAUGCUAAACCUAAACCAGUAAGCCUUUCCGGGGGUUCAGACACUGCCCAUGGAUAUCUGGAUGUGUGGAAGAUUGGAAGUGUGGAAGUCUUUUCCACAUUUUCCAUAAUGAUUCUGGAAAGUGGCUCGCUCCCCA